AUGGUAGAUACAUAGUAAAAGAAAAAGUACUAUUACAGUGGUUCAAUGGCGACGAUUGAGGAGAGAUUCUAAUAUCUUACAGUAGUACCAGAAGAAUCCAAGCUGCCUAUUGAAGCAUAUAGAUUUAACCCCAUUGGAUAAAAAUGGCUAGAUUGGGAAAAAGAACAUCUUGAGGCUUUUAAAGUAUAUAUAGAGAACAAUAACCUCUAAUUACCUGAACAAACAAAGGAAGAAGAAAUUCUACGUAAUCUUUAAGCAGCACAGUUUAAUCAUAAAAAAGCAUAUCAUAAUUUAAUGAAGUCAAUCGAGUGGAGAUCAACUGCAUUUCCAUUGAAGUUAACUACAGUCAUUGAAAAAAUUAUUGUAAUAUUCAGCUAUACCAAUCCAAAUUUUUAGGCAUCAGGGUUUUUGUAUGUUUACGGUAGAGAUAAGAAUUUUAGACCCAUUAUCAAUAUCAGGCCAAGGAUAAUAGCUACUAUGACUGUAAUAAUUUAUCGUGUUUAUUAAUAUCAGCCCAAGCCAGAUCCAGUUGAUGGUAUAAUUGCCUGUAGCUUUAUGAUGGAAUAUGUGAGGGAGAUAUUUUUCUUGCCAGGACAAGUAGAAAAUUGGGUAGUCGUGAUAGAUUUAGAAAAUAUGGGAUUGAUGAAUGUCCCUUUCAAGAGUUUAAAAUAAUUCUUGGAAACGUUUCAAAAUUAAUAUCGCUGUACUUCAGCAAGGAUCUUCUUGCUUAAUGUUUCAGGAACUUUUUAGUUCUUGUGGUCUACAGUUCAAGCAUUUUUAGAAUCUCAUACAAAGAAAAAGAUUCACAUUACAAAGCAGAAUACUUGUGAUGAGCUAUUAAGAAUAGUGGCUCCAAAUCAGUUAUAAAUUAAAUUUGGAGGAAAUGCACCUAAUUUCGAAGGUCCAAGUUGGCCUCCUAGAAUGCCUUAGGGGGAUUAUGGGACAGAUCCAACUAAGCUAAUACCAAUAGAAGAUUACCAAGAAUUCGUUAAUAAAAAUCCAUUAUUAGUAAGAAUGCCAGAAUAAUUUAGACCCAAUGAAGAAAAAAAAUAAGUAAGCUUUGAUUUAGGUGGCUAAGUGGAGGACAGUUACAUUUCCGAUUUAAAAAUAAACCAUGACGAUAUAAGUUUUCAUUCUAGAAGAUCUUUUGGUCGUUAAAGUAUGAAUGAGCAUGAAGAAAACUUUGUCAUUACAGAAGUAGAAUUCUCUAAACCUCAUAUAAGAAAUAAAUUGUCAAUGGAGAUAUGUGUAUGCAGGAACAAUGGAGAGGGAUUAAAUUUAAUAUACGAUCUGAAUAAUUUUAACACUGACUCAAACAAAAGAUCCAUUAAUUAUGAAUUAGGCUCUGAAAAAAAAUAAUUAAAAUUUGAUAACAUACAAGAAAUAAAUCAGGAAGAUGAGGAGUCGCCUAACAAAUAAGACAAUGAGCAACAUUUUCAAGACUAAAUUCUUGCUUAAUUAGAUUCUUAAAAUAGUAUUCUUUCUCAGGAGCAAAUACAAAUUUAAUUUCAAUCAAAUCCUUAAGAGGAUGAUAAAGCAAAGAAACUUAACCUUGAUAGUUCUGAUAAAAACAUCUAAUAUAAUAAUAUGAGCGGCCAAUUAGAUAUGUCAAAUCCAAAUAGUAAAAGUCCAAAUAAGAAUUAGCAGAGCCCCUCUAAAUAAAGUAACUCCAGCGUUAUUAAUGUAGAAAAUGCUAGAGUUGUAUCAAGUUUUGUAUAAAACUAGGAUGAUGUUUAAACUGAAAACAAAGAUAAAUUGUCAAAAGACAUUAAAAAGAACGACAAGAAAUAAGGUAAAAGUAACUCAUGUUGUAACAUAUUUUGA